AUGAGUAUCACUGUUAAAUUUUAUGUAUAACAUAAAAAAAGUUGUUAGUUGAUUUAAAAAGAAACUUUAAUUUUGAUAUUCCUUUUCGCUGACUUUUCGAAAAGGACAUGUGAAUCAGUUUACCUUUAUCAGCCUCCAUUCGCCUCAAGUUUUUUAAAAUUCGAAAAACCUCUUAUAAUUUUCUACCAUUAAAGCAAUUUUAAUAAUAAAUGUAAUUAAAUUGCGACAUGUACAAUCAAAACAAAUAUCCUUUAAAAUUACAAGAUAUUAUCUUAAAAUUCUUCUAUUAGUGAUAAAGAAAUAUAUAAAAGUAUUUUUUAAACAAAUAAUUUAGCUUAUUAAGAAUUUAAGAGAAAAAAAGAACCACAUUUGAAAAGAAGACAGAGCACUUGA